CAGGCAGAGAGCAGUUUCAUUUUUGGCAGAAGUAACCGGUGCCCUGGUGGUAGCUUCUAGAGAGUCAGGGGUCACCCUGGCUGGCAGACUGUACCCCGAAACUGGAUCGACGGGAGAGAAGGAAGUAGCUAAACCAUCUUACACAAGAAGUCAGACUAAGUGGCACAGCCUCCUUGGAAGCCACCAGCAACGAUGCUCUUCUUGCUCACCUUCCUGUUAGCUGUCUUCCCAGUGGUCUCCACGAAAAGUCCCAUAUUUGGCCCUGAGGAAGUGAGUAGUGUGGAAGGUAAUUCUGUGUCCAUCAAGUGUUUCUACCCAGACACCUCUGUCAACCGGCACACCCGGAAGUACUGGUGUCGGCAGGGAGCCAAUGGCCUCUGUACAACCCUCAUCUCCUCAAACGGCUACGUCUCCAAGGACUAUGCAGGCAGAGCCAACCUCAUCAACUUCCCAGAGAAUGGCACAUUUGUGGUGAACAUUGCACAUCUCACCCAGGAUGACUCUGGGAGCUACAAGUGUGGUCUGGGCAUCAAUAACCGAGGCCUGUUCUUUGCUGUAAGCCUGGAAGUCAGCCAGGGUCCUGAGUUCCCUGAUGACACUCAUGUCUACACAGUGGAUACGGGCAGAACAGUGACCAUCAACUGCUCUUUUAGUCCUGAGAAUUCUCCUAAGAUGAAGUCCUUUUGCAAGAAAACAGACCAGUCCUGCGAGUUAGUCAUUGAUUCUGCUGGAACUGUGAACCCUAACUUUAAGGACAGAGCUCGUCUUCUUAUUCCGGGGACUUCCAAAGAUAUGUUCAAGGUCAUCAUUGAUCACCUAAAACCCAGUGAUGCUGGGAUGUAUGUCUGCCAGGCUGGGGAAAGUUCUAGUGCUGACAAAAAGAAUAUUGACCUCCAGGUGCUAGAGCCUGAGCCUGAGCUGAUUUAUGGAGACCUGAGGGGCUCAGUGACUUUUGACUGUGCCUUGGGCCUUGAGUUGGCAAAUGAGGCCAAAUAUCUGUGCCGAGUGAGUGACAAGACCUGCGAUGUGGUCAUCAAUACCCUGGGGAAGAAGGAUCCUGCUUUUGAAGGCAGAAUCUUGCUCAGUGAAGACGGCAAUGGCCGCUUCAGUGUGUUGGUCACAGGCCUGAGAAAGGAAGAUGCAGGGCAUUACCUAUGCGGAGCCCACUCUUCUGGUCUGCCUCAGGAAGGCUGGCCCAUCCAGGCUCAGCAACUAUUCAUCAAUGAAGAGACUGUGAUUCCCCAUAGUCGCUCUGUGGUGAAGGGUGUCGUAGGAGGCUCUGUGGCCAUCCUCUGCCCCUACAACCCUAAGGAAAGCAGCAGCCUCAAGUACUGGUGUCGCUGGGAAGGGACUGGGAACGGCCGCUGCCCACUGCUUGUGGAGAGUGAGGGGCUAUUGCAAGAGCAGUAUGAGGGCCGACUUGCACUGUACAAAGAACCGGGCAACGGCACCUACACUGUCAUCCUCAACCAGCUCACCACUCAGGACGCUGGCUUCUACUGGUGUCUCACCAAUGGCGACUCUCGCUGGAGGACCACAUUAGAACUCAAGGUCGUUGACGGAGAACCAAGUCUCAAGGUACCCCAGAAUGUGACUGCUGUGCUGGGAGAGACUCUCAAGCUCUCCUGCCACUAUCCAUGCAAAUUCUACUCUUAUGAGAAAUUCUGGUGUAAGUGGAGCAACAAGGGCUGCAGCUUCCUGCCUAGCCAUGAGGAAGGCCCCAGCCAGGCCUCUGUGAGCUGUGACCAGAGCAGCCGCCUUGUCUCCCUGACCCUGAACUCAGUCAGCAAGACAGACGAGGGCUGGUACUGGUGUGGGGUGAAAGAAGGCCAGUACUAUGGAGACACUGCAGCUGUCUAUGUGGCAGUUGAAGAGGCAACAGGGGGGUCACGCCAUAUCAGCCCAACACAUGCAAACAUUGCUCCUGAGGAAGAGGUAAUAGAAUCGAGUGUCAAUGAGAAUGAGAACAAAGCCAUUCUGAACCCAAGAUUUUUUGCAGAGGAAAAAGUGGUAGAGGGAGUGAGAGACCAAGCUCAUGAGAACAGAGCAUCUGUGGGUGUUGGCAGCUCUGAUGGACAAAGAGGGAGUUCCAAAGCCCUGGUCUCCACCCUGGUGCCUCUAGGUCUGGUGUUGACAGUAGGGGCUGUGGCUGUGUGGGUAGCCAGAGUCCGACACAGGAAGAAUGUAGACCGGGUUUCAAUAAGAAGCUACAGAACAGACAUUAGCAUGUCCGACUUUGAGAACUCCAGGGAUUUUGGUGGCAAUGACAACAUGGGGGCCUCUCCAGACACCCAGGAGACAGUUCUUGAAGGAAAAGAUGAUCUCACGAACACGGGGGACAUCACCACCGAGCCUGAAGAAUCUAAGAAAGCGAAAAGGUCAUCCAAGGAGGAAGCUGACAUGGCCUACUCAGCCUUCCUGCUCCAGUCCAGCAACAUAGCUGCCCAGGUCCAGGAUGGCCCCAAAGAAGCCUAGGCAGGGCUGACCUCCUGCUCCUGCCCAUGACAAUCAACUUCAGAAUCACACUGAUCCAAGCACAGCCUGUGCUCACCUGUCACCUACCUGUCAUCAGAGGUGUGCUGGUCCCUUCUUCGGUCAUCAAAACCUGGUCUAAUUGUACCUGUUUGGGAGAGGAUGUGAGGAGUUCCAGUCUGCAGCUUUCUCUCUGUUAAAAGAUUAAUGUGUAGCUAAGAAGUCAAAUCUCAGAAGGGGUCUCUGAAAGCAGAGGGUUCAGAGUAGGGGCUCAUUUCAGGAGGGAGAGACAUGUGGAGCCUCUCACACCUUUAUAAUGGCGUGUCAAUGUCACUUGUCUCUCCCUUCCAUCUCUCCCUUCUUCCCUUCCUCUCUUCUUCAUUCAAAAGACACAUCUGAAAACAUAUGAGCAUCCAGGUGUCUGCUAAAGGCUGGGAUCCCAUCCUCAGUCUUUCUGUAAACAUCACUGAAAGAGGACUCAUCUCCCAGUUUCUUUCUUACCACUUUAUCCUCACCAGGGAUACCUCCUGCCUCUGCCCUUAUUGUACAACAUAAUAAAACGCCCGCAGUCUAAGAUAUCUUCCCAUCUCAUAAGUAGGGACACAGGAGUUCUGAGAUGGGAAGAGAUUUUCUCUAGAGCACCCAGUGAGAUAAACUAGUAUCCAACCAGAUUUGACAGCUCCUACCCUCUUGACCUGGGAUCUGUCUACAAACCCUUUCUCAUUAUUGGAGGGAGAAUUUUAGAAUGAGAAGAAUAAACCAGGCAUGGUGGAUGUACUUGUAUCCCUGCAAUCAGGAGGUACAGGUUCAAGGACAUCGUUAGCUACAUAGGGAGUUUGAGACCAGCCUGAGAUACAUAAGACUCUGUCUCAAAGCAAAAGAAAGAAGAGGAGGGGAAA